ACUCCCCACUGAGCUGGUCCUUGAAAUCCUUCGCGCUGUUCACGCCUCCUCGACGCCGCAACAAAUGCUCCCCGUGCUGCUGACCUGUAAAUACUGGUUCUCACUCGCAUUUCCCUACGUGCGGAGCUACCACAUGCUCCUACGACCACAGCACCAUAACAACCUUGCAUCCGAUCUGCGUUUCUCCGCACAGCUACCGCGCUCUCACUCGUUCUUUGCGUAUAUCAAGUCGUUCGAGCUACAAGUAGCAGACAUGCAUUUUCCGACCGCAGCAGCAGACGAUGAUGAUAACGAUGAUGACGAUCGCGCGUUCAACGAACUCGAUCUUACACCCCUCAUUGAAUGCCUCCCGCGCAUGACAGCUCUUUCGACGUUCCAGCUGCGUGUCCAGGAGAGCCCGGCUGGUACGACUUGGAUCCGGCAAAAGGCUAUCGAGGCGCUCCUGUCUGCGCUUCCCGCGUCUGUGGUCAACCUGCAUAUCGACACAGCAAAGCGCGAUUUCCCGUAUGCGGCGGCGAGUGCGAAGAUCCGGGAGACGCUGCAGGCGCGCUCGGCGGCGUUUCGUUGCUUGAAGGUGCGGCUAGCGCGGUAUGAAGCGGAUGGGAGAAGAGGGGAGAGGAAGAGGUACGGACGGACAGAGGAUAUCUAUUAUUAUGUGGACCAUGAUGAGGCAAAGGGAAGAGAGGUUCCGGUGUUUGCGCCCCUGAGAGUAGAGGCAGAGGGAGAAGAGAUAGUGGUGAGGAAAGACGUUCGGCACGGGGCUAGGGAGUAUGGGUUGAGGCGAAGACUUGGAAUAUCGACGGGUGCUCAGCGCGAUCGAAAAAGGAUCAGCAGCUGAUGUGGGAGAAAAUAAAUCUUAGUAGUAGCGUUGAGUUGUGAAUUUACUCCAG